AUGUCUGCAAGCCCAGCCUCCUCCGCUGGCGGCGAAACCAAGAGCGCCGACCAGAUUCACUUUCGCUUCUGUCGCGAAUGCUCCAACUUGCUGUACCCCAAGGAAGACCGCGUCAACAACCGCUUGAUGUUCACAUGCCGAACCUGCCAUGUCGGCGAGCCCGCCACCUCCUACUGCGUCUACCAAAACAAACUCAACACCCAAGUCGGCGACACUGCUGGUGUCACCACAGAUGUGGGAUCCGAUCCUACGGUUUGUCUCCCGGGUUUCUGUGAUCACUGCGGGGAAGAGAUUACCUGCUUUGUCUGCGAGUCAUCGUCGGAGGAGUCAUGGUCGGAAGAGGACUAUGAUGACUUCAUGAUGAACUGA